GAACACGCUUGUUGGUAUAACUUUAUGAGCAGGCAUUCAUAUACCUUUAGCUAAGGGUUUAUACUUAAUUAUCACAACCACAGAUGUUUUGAAAAUGAAAAUUGCUACAAGAGUUGGCGUGUUAGUUAUUGGUUGCAUAUUGUAUAGUCUCGUGUACAUGUUUUUUAUCAGACCUGAACAGAGUAAAGGCAACAGGUUACAAAGGGCAGAAGAUCUGGAUGUUCUUCAAAGACUGAAGAGAAUAGAAGAUCAAGUUCAUCAUUUAGCUCUAGAGGUCAGAAGUCAAAAAGUCAAAGAGGCUCCUGUGGGACAGAAAAUUACAAAGAAAACUGAGGUGAAGAAGUUGUAUCCGAAUUCACCGCUCUUCAGUUCAUGGGGAGCUGAACUGACAGAGGAGGAACAGAUGGAAGCAGAGAAACUGUUUCAGGAGUUUGGAUACAAUGUUUUCCUCAGUAACAGAUUACCCUUGAACAGAACAAUCCCUGAUACUCGAGACCCCAGAUGUGCUCUGAAGAUCUAUCCUAAGGACUUGCCAACCAUUAGUGUGAUUCUGAUUUAUCUGAAUGAGGCUCUGUCAGUCAUUAAAAGAGCCGUUCACAGCAUCAUUGACAAAACUCCUGCUCAUCUGCUAAAGGAGAUCGUCCUGGUAGACGACAACAGCUCUAAUGAGGACCUGCAAUUGCCUUUAAACAAAUAUAUUGAUCUAAUUAACAAAGCUAAACCUGGAUUAAUCAAGAAAGUGCGACACAAAAGGCAGAUGGGUCUGGCCAAGGCAAGAAUGUCAGGUUGGGAAGCUGCCACAGGUCAAGUGGUCGCCAUUCUGGAUGCCCACAUUGAAGUUCAUAAGGAAUGGGCAGAGCCACUACUUGCACGAAUUAAAGCAAACAGAACAACUGUAUUGUCACCAGUGUUCGACAAAGUGCUCUUUGACACACUGGAGGUUAUUAACUAUAAUCCUGCUGCUCAUGCUUUUGACUGGAGCCUUUGGUGCAUGUACGAGUCCUUUCGGCCAGAAUGGUACAAACUGAAUGACCCAUCAGAACCAGGGAAGAGUCCCUCAGUCAUGGGUAUCCUUGUCGCUGAUCGUCAGUUCCUGGGAGAAAUUGGAGCACUGGAUGAUGGAAUGACAAUUUAUGGUGGUGAAAAUGUAGAACUGGGAAUACGUGUCUGGCUCUGUGGUGGGAGUGUUGAAGUGGUGCCGUGUUCAAAGAUUGCGCACAUUGAAAGAGCACAUAAGCCUUAUUCACCAGAUCUCAGCAAACCCAUGAUCCGAAACGCAUUGAGAGUGGCUGAAAUCUGGAUGGAUGAAUAUAAAUCCAAUGUGAAUAUUGCCUGGAAUCUGCCUCUGAAGGAUCAUGGGAUUGAUAUUGGUAAUGUGACUGAAAGAAAACAGUUACGUGAGAAACUCAAAUGUAAGCCCUUCAAAUGGUAUCUGGAAAAUGUCUAUCCUCAGCUUGACAGAUGGGAUGGCAUAAUGGCUUAUGGCACGUUGAAGAAUGACAUUCUUGAAAACUUUUGCAUUGAUCAAGGACCUGUUCCUGGAAGUGUGCCUAUUCUCUACGGAUGUCAUUACUAUGAGCCUCAGUAUUGUUUUUACAACCAAAAUGGAGAAAUCUACAUUGGUGGCAUUAAAUCCCACACUUAUAAUUCUAACCGUUGUCUAACGGAUCCUGGCAGUGGAAGCACACCGGCUUUACAUAACUGUAAAAAUGCACAGGAGAAAGGAAUGAACAUUUACUGGGACUUCACUCAGGGAAAUGCAAUAAGAAAUAGAAAAACAAACCGAUGUCUUGAGAUCGGCCAAGGAGUGGAUUCAUACUAUACCCUCAUUCUGCAAACAUGCACAGGACAAAAAUGGACAAUUCAGCAUGUCAUCAAAAACCUUUAAAGGGAAUUAUCACACAAGUAAAAACAUUGUCAGGGGAAUCAAUGUAAAAUAAUCCUCAAAACAAAACAUAAAAGAGAUCAUUGCAGAUAUUAAUUGCGAUUGGUUGAAAUGUACUUGAUUUGAUGUUUUGGUAUUUUAUAAAAGCAAUAGGUGAAUUUAAAGGAGUUAGCAUGUGGCAAAAAAACUUACCUGUUGAGAAGAAACUCCUACUUUCUGGAAGUAAAUCAACAGCCAUAUUUUGUCAGCUCUGUAAAAGGAUAGCAUCCAUCCUACUGUUAUCGAAGAAAAAAACUGGCCAGGAAUAUCAGCAUGUUGCAUAAACCUGAAGGGUUUUACGCUGUAUCCUAACUACAUUGGACGCAACACGAUGAAAGGUAUCUGUUCCAUGUUAAAAUAAGUUUUGUCUUAACCAUCAGUGACACGCAAAAUUUCUAUUUUGAAGCAGGUUCUAUUUUCUGCCUCUUCGCAGCAAAACAACAGCAUAUUUUACUAUGGCAAUUUUUACUUCUGGUACCAAUUAUGUGUUUUAUUCAUGUGUUUAAAAUGCUAUCAAUGUGAGUUUGAAUAUCAUUAUAUGUUACAUUUAUUGCCAUACUACUGAAAGCAGCAGUAGAUACUGUAGUUCACCUCAGAGCUUGAAAAUAAAAUAACUAGCAGACAGUUUGAAAAUGAAAGUCAGAACUGUCUGUCACUGAAAACAACAUCAGUCACUCAGCCUAUGUAUUUUAACAAUGUUAAAUAUGUAUUCAUAAGAUUAUAAUCUAUCAUUGCUUUGGAAUUUAAAUUUUUCUGUUCUGUUUUCCACAUUGCAUUUGGUACAGAAAGACAAAUAGCUUGUCCCACUUAUUACACAGCUACUUGCCACAAAAUGUAAAAAUUUGACACGAAAUAUAGUACUGAGCUUUAUUAGUUAAUCAAUGCUUUGAGUAGUGCAUACCCUAACCUACGUAUUAUUCAGAGACAAGAUGGCACCAAAUAGUCAAAAUAGUCAGGACUAUAACAAUCAAAUAGUCAAUGGCAAAACAGAGAAGCAUAUACAUAUGAAUGUGGAUGUAUGUAUAUGGAUGUAAAUGUACUGACUGAGGGUCAAGAUGAUUCGAAGUAACAAGAUGAGUCUGUGUUACUAUUUUCAGUGGUUGUUAUCUUGAAACAAUAUGUCUUUGUUUGAAUGCUUCGACUGACAAGUAAGAAUAUCAGUAUUCCAGAGAGCCAUGUAAUAAAUUAAUUGGAUGUGCGUAAAAUACAAAUCAGCACAUUCUCAAAAAGUUAACCAAUCUUUUGCUCUUCAGUGUUUGAACUCUCAGUAAUGAUUCAAUCACACUGAAC